AUGGGAAACAGUGCCUUAAAAGCGCAUUUGGAGACAGCACAGAAAACAGGAGUAUUCCAGCUGACGGGAAAAGGCCUUUCUGAGGUAAAGACCUAUAUCAUAAACAUGUGCCUCAAAUGAUUUUAUACUGCAUAAUGCAAGAGACAGAGAGAAAUAUUUGUGCUUUGAAGAGUUUUUAAAUUUUUGAAAUCAAUUUUUGAUAUGUUAGUGGGAUAAGAAGCAUAGAAAUGUCAGUUGAAUGGGUUCUAAUUAAUGUAUCUUAUCCUAGCUAUAAAAAUAAAAGCUAUUGGGUUUAGUGAGGCUUAUUCACCAGUAAAUGUGUUUUGGAUUACAACUUUAGACCAUUGCUGCUCAGGUGAGAUAGGAUGGGAACAUAUAAGAUUUUGCAUUGCUUAUGCUACCUAUCAUAGUGGACAUGACAUACUGUGAUAAAUUUUGUGUAAUAUGUAGUUUAAUUGUCAAUUUUGGAGGAUAUUCCCAAAUUAAAUUGUCCCUCUAGUCUUUUCACACCAUUUAUAGUUUUGUAAUUCUGUCCUGCAACCUUAUAAACCUAAAAAGCUCCUUGCCUGCACCUUUUAUUAUCUUACCUACCCACAUAUACUUAAUGCAAUUUGUGUCGUUCUGGAAUUUUCACAUGAUUUCUGAAUUGCUUUUUCAGUUUCCUGAAGAUCUGCAGAAGCUUGCAAGUAACCUCAGAACAAUAGAUUUGUCGAACAAUAAGAUUGAGGUCCUACCACCACUAAUGGGAAAAUUCUCUGUGUUGAAGAGCCUUGCUUUAAAUCACAACAAGCUGAGUAAGACUUCUUAAAUAACUCAUCAGCUUGCUGAAAUUAAUUCAGUGGGACUUAGUGACAGGAAAAAUAUAUAUUUAGGAUUGCAGCCUACAUUACCACAAGUUUAAUUCCAUCAUUUUCUUUCAAAGUAAUAGAGAUAACUCAAUACAUUGGUUAAAAGCUUUGCAGCUUAGUAGAGGAUGCUGUAAAGCUUGCAAAAACAGAUUUUGUCACCAUUGCGAUUCCAGGUUGCUAAGAUACUCAAAAUUAUCUCAUCUUAUUGAAAUGCUCGUGACUUGUGAACCAAGCACUUAACUUGAAAAAUUGCCUUUAACCAUGCCCUACCUCUCCUCCUUCAUUUUCCACAAGCAGCUAGAGUUCCAAAGAGAAGGUAGAGCCUGCACACUAAUUCGGGCAAUUGUAGCUUAUCCAUUCUAUAUCUUCAUGUAUUGUAAGAUAAAAUGUUGACUGUAUCCUAACACAAUGGGGUGCUGUAUGAUUCCACAACAGUGACCUUUAUACUAUAAUUGUUCUUUCCUCCGAACAGCUUGAUUUUAUUUGUUUAUAUAUAUAUUUUUGCUAGCUGCACUACCUGAAGAGCUGUGCAAGCUGAAAAAAUUAGAGGCGUUGCAUCUGAAUGGCAACCAGCUGACGCAGUUACCGGCUGCCUUUGGACAACUUUCGGCACUAAAGACCCUGAGUCUUUCUGGAAACAAGCUCCGAACUGUACCUGUCCAGCUCUGCAGCCUGCGUCACCUAGAUGUGGUGGAUCUCUCCAGAAAUCAGAUCCAGAGUGUGCCAGAUACAGUUGGGGAUUUGCAGGCCAUUGAACUAAACUUGAAUCAAAACCAGGUCUGGAAACUAGUUUUUGUAGCUGUAUAUCAUUCAGGAGGAAAGAGCUUCUCAAAGCACAAGCGUCACUUAAAUUUCUACUGAAAUGGGGGAUCUCACUUAGAGCUGCAAGCAAAAUUUAACAUAUUCCUUUUGUUUUGUUUGCCCCUAUGGGAAACCUGCUAGGUUAUUCUCUAUUUUGUAACACAAUUUUCCAUUUGUUGAGAAGAACGUUGUAGCGUUUAUGCUUUGAACAUCAUGUCUUUCUUCAACCAGUCUUAAUUCCAUUCCAUUAAAACAAUACACCAGUGAAGUUACAUUCAAACCUUGCACAAGUGGAAGGCAGCUCAUGCAGCUGAACCUUCUGUUUCCCCCUCCUUUCCCCCUGUAGCCUCCAAAAAGCCUUUCUAGAGGGUUGAAGGGGGACUGAUUGAAUAUUGUAUGCUAUAUUUGAUGAAGCUACAGUAGGAGGGAGGAAAUAACCUGAAAUCUAGCCUGGGUGAUUCCUGUCCCCCUUCGCAUACACAGAGAGCAUAGCGCACAAUGUUCUGUAGAGAGGCUUUUGGGGAAGGUGCAGGAAAGAGAAGGGAGAAGAACACAAAGCUGUUUGUACAACACGGUUCACGCCAUUGGAGGCAGUUCUAUAGGGAAAAUAGAUUGCUUGAAGUUAUGGAGUUGUUGUUUUUUGGUUGGUAUUAUAGGGCUUGAAUUUGCAUAUUGUGCAAGCUGAAAUGACAGUGCUAUUACCAUAAUUUUAUGCAAGCAUGUCUUAAAAUGCAUUGAAAUUUUUGUAACUUUUUUUUUUAACAAGAUCACACCAAAGCACUGAACUGCUGCUAGCCAGGAUGGACAAACAUAGCCAUCAUGUUCAGUCAGAUGUUUUCAGAUCAAGGCCCAUCCCCUCAGCAUUGGUAAUAUAGAGAUACCUUAGAAAUGGGGAACUACAAAAUUCAUGGCCCUGUGAUGUUCAUAACUAAGUACUCAGACUCAGUGUUGGGAUGUUUAAUUGUAACUCUCUGUGCUAGUUCCUGCAGUGAGUCCAUCCUAGCUACCCAGACAAUUCCCCAAUAGUUUUGUGUAUCUGCAUUUUGAGCAUUCCUGCCUCUGACUAUUGAGGCUGAGCAUUGUAAUCAUGGCUAGUAGCCAUUGAUAGCUUUAUCCUCCAUGAGUUUGUCCCAUCCUCUCUUAAAGUCACCCAAGUUAGUGGCCAUUACUGCCUACUGUGAGAGCAAGUUCCAUAGUUUUAACUAUGAGCUGCAUGAAGAUAGGAUUUCUUUUAUAUGUCCUGAAUGUUCCAACUUAGCAGUGGCAGAGCAAUAACUUUUUUCCUUUCCCUGUUUGGUUCACGAUAGAUUUCCCAGAUCUCCUCACAGAUAUCUUACUGUCCACGCCUCAAGGUCCUGCGUCUGGAAGAAAACUGUUUAGAACUAAGCAUGCUUCCUCAGAGUAUUCUCAGCGAUUCUCAGAUCUCUCUGCUUGCUGUAGAGGGCAAUCUCUUUGAAAUCAAGAAACUUCGAGAAUUGGAUGGAUAUGACAAGGUCUGUACUAUUCUCUCCCCUCCCUCACCCUGCUGUAAACCAAUAGGCUUGGGGGAAAAUAAGGCUUCCAUUGGUGAAUGAAAUCAGGGGGAAAUGUUUGACUAGCAUCUUGUCCUUCAUUGAAUCCUAAUCUCUCCUACUUCCAAGACUUCUGUCAGAUAGUAGCAUUGUUCAGUUACAUUCAGUUAGGAAUAUUACAAUUCUGUUCUGAAUUUGAAGAGAGUUGUUUCAAUCAAUUACUUAAUGCUAUUUUACUUUAAAAUUUUCUAAUUCAUUUGUCCAGCACAGAACAUGAGUUUGUAGCUAAUCAGUUAUUUUUCUGAGUAGACCCAACUGAAGAGACCAAAGUUAGUCAUGUCAAUUAGUAUCAGUUGGCCUGCUCUGAUGAACACUGGCUACAACCCAUGAUCUUGAAUUAGUUCAGUAUAAGAAACUGCUGGAUAGGAAACAUUCUUGAGGAUCUCUCAUUUAUCUUCCUUUAUCUUGUAUUUAUUCCACCCAAAUUCCUAAUUUUAUCAUCUUUUUUUUUUAAGUACAUGGAGAGAUUCACAGCCACGAAGAAAAAAUUUGCCUGA